AUGCGCUACAUCCACAGUGAGGAGACCCUGGAGGUCCCUGAGAACGUCAAGGUCUCGAUCAAGUCCAGGAUCGUUACCGUCGAGGGCCCCCGCGGCAAGCUCGUUAAGGACCUCAGCCACAUUGCCGUCAACUUCUCCGUCAUCAAGAAGGGCAUCAUCGGCCUCGAGAUUCACCAUGGCAACCGCAAGAACGUCGCCGCUCUCCGUACCGUCCGCACCCUUAUCAACAACUUGAUCAUCGGUGUCACCAAGGGCUUCAAGUACAAGAUGCGCUACGUCUAUGCCCAUUUCCCCAUCAACGUCAACGUUGAGAAGAACGCCGAGACUGGCAACUUCGAGGUCGAGAUCCGCAACUUCAUCGGCGAGAAGAUCGUCCGCCGCGUCGUUAUGCAGCCCGGUGUCGAUGUCGAGAUCUCCAAGUCCCAGAAGGAUGAGCUUGUCCUCUCCGGCAACUCCCUCGAGGGUGUCUCCCAGUCCGCUGCUGAUAUCCAGCAGAUCUGCCGGGUGCGCAACAAGGAUAUCCGUAAGUUCCUUGACGGUAUCUACGUCUCCGAGAAGGGCAACAUUGUCGAGGACCAGUAA